CACACACACUCUUUUCAAUUCAAUCUCCCCUUUCACUUCCUUCCCCACUUUCUCGCCAUGGGAAACCUUCACCUCCUCAUCGCCGCCGUCGCCAUACUCGCAGCCACCGCAGCCCUCCCGGCAAACGCCGCCGUGGCCGACAUCGUCACCCCGGCCUUCUUCAACGGCAUCAAGAACCAAGCACCCAACAGCUGCGCCGGGAAGAACUUCUACACACGUGAGGCCUUUCUGCAAGCCGCAAACGCCUACCCCAACUUCGGCAACCGAGGAUCUCUCCCCGGUUCGAAGCGCGAAAUCGCGGCCUUCUUCGCCCACGUCACCCACGAAACCGGAAGCAUGUGUUACGUGGAGGAAAUCAACCGCGCGACUUACUGCGACCCGAGCCAGUACCCGUGCGCUCCGGGGAAAAAAUACUACGGCCGGGGCCCACUUCAGCUGACGUGGAACUACAACUACGCGGUGUGCGGGCGGGCCAACAACUUUAACGGCGUCGGUGACCCGGACGUCGUGGCGAGGGACCCGGUGCUGGCGUGGAAGACGGCGUUGUGGUUUUGGAUGACAAAUGUUCGCCCCGUCCUGCCGCAAGGGUUCGGAGCCACCAUCCGGAAGAUUAACGGGAUUGAAUGUAACGGAGGAAACGCGCCCGCCGUCAGGGCUCGGGUCAGCUACUACAAUUCAUACUGUCAGAAGUUUGGGAUCCAGCCCGAGGCUAACACCAGCUGUUAAGCGCGCGGCGACCAGGGCCGACGGAGUCAAUAAAAUAAAUAAAUGGUAUCGAACAAUAAUAGUAUGGUGUAAUAUUUGUUCGAUUAUCGGCUUCUAUGUGUACUUUCGGCUUCCUGCUUCCUGGAAUUGUAGCAGUUGAAUCUGCUACGAGUUUGCGAAGGAAGAGAGAAUUAAUAAAUAAAAUAAACGUUAGAGGUUUCAUCUUU